AUGCUCGCCCUCCCGCUCUUUGUCCUUCCUCUGCUCAUCAGUGUGGCGUUUGUCGCAUUGGGCAGUGUCACCACUGAUCCCUCUCGCCGAGGCGUGACCCUCCACGAGAUGCCUGACAACUUCACAGUUGUCCCCGCAGAAUGGACCGGGCAGAUCUUCAAGAACGGCCCCGAGGUCACUCUGUUCGGCGACACUACCUCUGACAUAUUUGACUACAUUGAAGAGCAAAACCCAGAAUACGACGUUCACUUCCCAGUCUCGACGAGGGAGAAGACGCCCGAUGGCCCUCCUGGCUAUAAUCCCGAUGGUCCAUGGCUUGUCGGAGAACUCGUGAAGUGUCCCGAGAAGUCGGGCGGUCCCAGCACUCCCGAGUGCCCAGGCUCCUUGUGCGGCCAAGGAUUUGCGCGGGCAUUCGCUAUCGAAGAGGGCAUCAAGUACCUGAAAAGCAAGCGCUAUCAUGCCUGGCACGGGCCCCACUCCUAUGGUCAAUGCCAUCGCUUGACCUGCUCCUGGAACUCGGCCAUCUACUUCUGCAACAACAAGGACGAGCCCCAGUUGGUUCCGUGGUCUGAGAUUGGGGGUCUCGCCGAUCAGACUCUGCAGUUAUGUCGACAGGGAGACAAGGUUCGGGGAACGCACUUGCAGCCACAUUGGCUCUAUGCAGUGAGAAUCAAUGCGAAUCAAGGCCCUGGUUGCUGAAGGGUAAAUAUGAGGAGGACAUAGGGAUAUGGAAAAUGAACCCGGUUGCUAAAG